UGUAUCAUGUUAAAUUUUAGUGAGCUGUAUCAAUUGGUUCUCUGAUUCCCAGAAAUUUCGAGAUUUAGUUCAUUAUUUGUGUUUUAAUUUGAUUUUGAUUCAUUGUUUGUAUGAAAUUUUUUAGUUGAUUAAAAAGGAUCCGUUAGAUUUUAACCAAGGUUUAUGUUUCCUAUUAUACCAGGGUACUCCUGAUUUUGACCUAACUGGUCGGGGCAUCAAUGUUUCCUAUUAUUUGCAUAUUAGCCUGAUUGAUUCUUCCCACAUUAAUGUUCCAUCACGAUUGUGGUUACAAUCUUCUUACAGUAUCCAAAGGAACUGCAUAGUUCUUUCAGCCUUUCAUCUUCCUUUAUGUAAUAAAUUUAUUGGUUUCAAUCCUAAUUCGUGUUGUAUAUGAUUAAUAACAAUCGUUUCAUUUUUCGUCGUUCAUUAAUUGUCUUAGCAUUGAAAGAAUGAGGAGGUGCAUCCUAUAUAAAGGUCACCUGAUUUUCCAGGUCAUCUACCUCCAUCUUCCCUCUACUGAACUUCUCAGCCAUAGUAAUUCCAGCUGUGUAGCUUUUGCAGCAUUUGAAAAUUUGUUAAUAUUGUUUUCAUUUUUAAAAAAAAGAAUAUAUUCUAACUUCAUUGGUGCCUUUUGUGGAUCAUGUAGGUUGUCAUAAUGGCUUCUACAGUGGUGCAUAGCUCCGUCCAAGGCGUACAGGCUCCCGGAAUCCUCACCUUGAAAGAAUUUCAGCUGAAAAAUGGUAUUGGACCAUGGAUGGUUGUUCGAGUUCGCAUCGUCCGAAUGUGACACGAGCUCGACUUCAUGAGAACUAAUGACGUUAGCAGCCUAGAUUUGCUCCUGCUAGAUGACGCCGAUGAUCUGAUGCACGCAAUUGUUCAGAAAAAAUACAUCUGGAAAUUCGAACCACUGCUGGAAAAGGGGAUGCUGCUGGGUCUUACCAAUUUGACAUUUGCAACAGAGAAAAAAAUGUUUCGCCCCGCCCAGAAUGACUACCGCCCGUACUUUAACUGGAAUACUGAUGUUACUCCUCUUGAGUUCACCACCACGGCUAUUCCUCGUCACAAAUUCUUUUUCACAGGGUUUGAAGCAGUUGCAGUUGCUAACAACAACACCUACCUCAAUGAUAAGAAAGUGUCAGCUAUAUUUCUCAAUCUAACCUGCAACAGGAAUGUAGAUACUGCUGCAGCAGGACAAGUCGGUAGUCUAAACGAAAACAUGGUAACACUGCGCAAGGAGAGGAUAUUACACUAAGAAAAUGUCUUUUACAAAUUAAAGUAUUGAAUAUUUAAAUUUCUGAAUAGAAAUAAACUUAAAUUCAAAUUACACGAUCAAUAUCUUACACAGGCUGAUCAGAUGCCUUCGCUCCAGCUCGGAUGAGGCAGUAGCUGAUCCCACCAGUAAUUGAUGAGAAUAAACCGAUUAGCACAACAAAAAGGGGUGGUUUACUCUAACAAUAUAACUAUUGCCUAACUCUGUGGUUUGAGAUAUCCCUCCUGUGUAUAAAAAAGGAAACAAGUUGUUUAUCUCAAGUGCAAAAAGUGUCAAGCUUG